AUGAGUGAGCGUGUUGUGGUUGAUAUUAGGUUCUUGGCCAUUUGGUGGCCAUUAAAAUGCCAAAUCACCAAGCGCCGUGCAAGAUUGAUGAUCGUCUUCAUUUGGAUCUUUGCCAUCGUCGUCACAACACCUUGGGUCUUCUUCUUCGAUAUGGUGGUUGUAUUUGAGGAUAACCCUAAUGUCCGGCUCUGCUUGGACGUAUGGCCCAACCCCUUGAGUGAAAUCCUGUACUUCGUGAUUGGAAAUCUUAUUUUCUGUUACAUACUGCCCAUGGUUCUCAUCUCAAUGUGCUACAUUCUUAUCUGGAUUAAAGUCUGGAGAAGAAAUAUUCCUACUGAUACCCAAGACGCGCAGAUGGAGAGAAUGCAACAGAAAUCCAAAGUAAAGGUCGUGAAGAUGUUGGUUGCUGUCGUUAUCCUUUUCGUCCUGUCAUGGUUCCCGCUGUAUCUCAUCUUUGCAAGGAUAAAACUUGGAGGACCUGUCCAAAAGUGGGAAGAAGAAAUGUUUCCUGUUGUUACACCUCUAGCUCAAUGGCUGGGAUCGUCAAACUCAUGCAUAAACCCGAUACUAUAUGCAUUCUUCAACAAAAAGUACAGGAAAGGAUUUGUGGCUAUCAUAAAGAGCAGGAAAUGCUGUGGCAGGCUGCGUUACUACGAGACUAUUGCCUUACAAUCAUCGAGUACCUCAACGCGAAAAUCUUGGCAUUACAACAACAACAACCAUCAGUCGAUCUCUCGACGAUCACCUCCUGUUGACAAGAACGCGGUGUCGUUUAUCUUCAACCACACGGGAGUGUAA